AUGAUGAUGUCCCUGAGCAGCAAGCAGCCCUUCGGCCUCCCCCACGGCGGCGGCGGCGGCGGCGGCCUCCACGAAACCAAGUACUCGGCCCUGCACACCGCCUCGCCCUGCCCCUCCGCCGGCGCCGCCGCCCCCGCCGCCAGCUCCCCCAGCAGCACCGGCACCGGCGGCUCCGCCGGCCGCGGCUCCGGCUCCGGCCCCGGCUCCGGCUCCGGCUCCGGCCCCGGCAGCGGCGGCUCCGGCUCCGGCUCCGGCUCGGGCUCCGGCGGCGGCGGCGCGGAGGCGAUGCGGCGGGCCUGCCUGCCUGCCCCUCCGAGCAAUAUAUUCGGCGGUCUGGACGAGAGCCUGCUGGCCCGCGCCGAAGCCCUGGCAGCGGUGGACAUCGUCUCCCCGAGCAAGAGCCACCACCACCACCCGCCGCACCACAGCCCCUUCAAGCCGGACGCCACCUACCACACCAUGAACACCAUCCCCUGCACCUCGGCCGCCUCCUCCUCCUCGGUGCCCAUCUCCCACCCGUCCGCCCUGUCGGGCACCCACCACCACCAUCACCACCACCACCACCACCACCACCAGCCCCACCAGGCGCUGGAGGGGGAACUCUUGGAGCACCUGACGCCGGGGCUGGCGCUGGGGGCCAUGGCGGCCCCCGACGGCGCCGUGGUCUCCACGCCGGGCCACGCUCCCCACAUGGCCGGCAUGAACCCCAUGCACCCGGCGGCGCUGGGCAUGGCCCACGCCCACGGGCUGCCGGCCCACAUGGGCUGCAUGAACGACGUGGACGCCGACCCCCGCGACUUGGAGGCCUUCGCCGAGCGCUUCAAGCAGCGCCGCAUCAAGCUGGGGGUGACCCAGGCCGACGUGGGCUCGGCGCUGGCCAACCUGAAGAUCCCGGGGGUGGGCUCCCUCAGCCAGAGCACCAUCUGCCGCUUCGAGUCGCUCACCCUCUCCCACAACAACAUGAUCGCCCUCAAGCCCAUCCUGCAGGCCUGGCUGGAGGAGGCCGAGAAGUCCCACCGCGAGAAGCUGGCCAAGCCCGAGCUCUUCAGCGGCGCGGAGAAGAAGCGCAAGCGGACCUCCAUCGCCGCCCCCGAGAAGCGCUCGCUGGAGGCCUACUUCGCCCUCCAGCCCCGGCCCUCCUCCGAGAAGAUCGCCGCCAUCGCCGAGAAGCUGGACCUCAAGAAGAACGUGGUCCGCGUCUGGUUCUGCAACCAGCGCCAGAAGCAGAAGCGCAUGAAGUACUCGGCCGGCAUCUGA